GCAUCAUUGUGGUAACGUUAAUCCUGUUCAUCAGCGUUUGCCAACUGGCGAGGUGUGAAAAGUUAGUGUCAUGACUGGAGCUGAGACUGAGGAUGAUAUUCCAUUAGGUGAAAGGAAGACUGUCACAGACUUCUGCUAUCUCCUGGACAAGUCCAAACAACUCUUCAAUGGGCUAAGAGACCUUCCUCAGUAUGGACACAAACAGUGGCAGUCCUACUUUGGACGGACUUUUGAUGUCUACACUAAGCUGUGGAAAUUUCAGCAGCAGCACAGGCAGGUUCUGGACAGUCGAUAUGGCUUGAAGAGAUGGCAGAUUGGGGAAGUUGCAUCCAAAAUUGGACAGCUUUACUACCACUACUACCUUCGUACCUCAGAAACAAGUUACCUGAAUGAGGCCUUUUCAUUCUACUCAGCCAUUCGUCAGCGCUCCUACUACUAUCAGGUCAACAAAGAAGACAGGCCAGAAUUAGUAGUGAAGAAGCUUCGAUAUUAUGCUCGCUACAUAGUCGUCUGUUUACUGCUGAACAAGAUGGACCUAGUCAAAGUAUUGGUGAAGGAGUUAUCUGAGGAAAUCGAAGAUUACACACAGCGAUUCAACACAGAGGAUCAGUUGGAAUGGAACCUGGUUCUACAGGAAGUGGCAGCUUUUGUCGAGGCAGAUCCAGUGGUGGUUCUGAAUGACAACACUUCCGUCGUAGUCACCAGCAAUCGGCUGCAGGAGGGAAAUGUGCCUCCACUGGAACAAGGCAUGGUGGUUGGGCAGCUCGUCCUUGCAGAUGCACUAAUCAUCGGCAACUGUAACAACCAGGUGAAAUUCAGUGAAUUAACCAUCGAUAUGUUCCGCAUGCUUCAAGCUUUGGAAAGAGAACCUGUAAACCUGGCAACACAGACGCCAAAACAAGGAACUCUGGAGCCCAAUGAGAAGCCAGCUAAAAGAGAAAACCCCCACAAGUAUUUGUUGUACAAACCAACAUUCAGCCAGCUUUUUACUUUCUUGUCGGCCUCGUUUAAGGAAUUGCCUGCCAACAGCGUUCUGCUUGUCUACUUGUCAGCAACCGGUGUCUUCCCUUCUGGGCAUUCAGAUUAUGAAGGACCAUAUGAUUUUGGAGGAGUUCUAACAAAUACAAAUCGAGAUGUGGUGAAUGGAGAGACGGUGCAGAAGAGGAAUCAGGCCCAGAAAGAAAUGCACUGCCUUCACCCAGGAGACUUAUUCCCUUUCACCCGGAAGCCUCUUUUUGUCAUUGUGGAUUCAUCUAACAGCACAGCCUAUAAGCAUUUCACAAAUCUGUUUGGCCAGCCUCUGGUGUGCCUACUAUCCCCUACAGUAUACCCCAAGAGUGUGCAAGAUCAGUCUCAGCGUGGGAGUCUAUUCACACUGUUCCUCUACAGCCCACUCUUGGCUUUCUCUUCUGUGUGUGGCUUAAACAGCGUCCAACGAGGCCUGUGGGAAAAGGCUCAAGAAUUUCUUCGUAAAGUCUACCGUGACAUUGGGCAGAUGAUAACUCGAUCGCGGACCAUAGAUCAAGCCUUUUUGCAAUUCUUUGGUGAUGAGUUCCUUCGGCUGCUGCUGAUCCGCUUUGUGUUCUGCUCAGCUGCAUUGAGAUUGCAUAAACUCUUUCGGGAGUCCCAGAGCUUCCCAGAGUCCUACCCUGAGCUCCCUAAACAGGAUACAGUGGAGAGCAGCCUUCUACAGAAGCAUAUUUUGGAGCUGGCGACCAUGCUGGAUGUACAGAGCCUAUUUUGGGAUGAUCCACUGGAAGUCUACUAACAUCUUUGCACAGGGAAAAAUGGCAUACGUGUACAUACAGACUCAACUGCCAGAGCCCUCACAGUUGUCAUUAUUUUUUUUUAUUUUUUUUAUUUUUAUUUUUUUACUGGUAAGGAAAUACUGAUUCAACACAUAGAAUUUCAUGUACUGAAAUUCUACAUUUUAACGUUGCAAAUGUAGUGCAACGUUAAAAUGUUGACAUAGAUAAGCCAGAGUUGAAUAUAGUAUGAAUUCCCCAUUUUGAGUCUGAACGGCUGACCUCAUAAAUAUAAGCAGCAUGUAGGACAUAGGAGUUAAACAAACUCACCAUUCCCCAUUUAAAUGUACGUUUAAAAACUGCAGCCUCCGACUAUAUUUCUCAUGAUAGAAAUUGUCUUUAAA